GUGGUGUACACGCGUCUUCGUUCACUCGCUCCCUCUCUCUCUCUUCCUCCUCCUCCUCUCCCAGUGAGUGUCGCAGACCACUGGAAGAUGAGAUUUACUAAAACAUUCAAUAUUAAAGGAUAAUCCAUUCUUCUAUUACUAGUGGUUUGGAAACGACUUAUUUAAUGGAUCUACUAUUAUACGAAUUGGAAAUUAGUCUUGUAAAGAGAUUGAGGUGAGAUCAGUGAUGUGUUUCUUGGAGGUGUGACAUCUGUCUUGAGAGAUGUUCUGAGCAUUGAUAGAUGACCCUUUUAUUCUUAUUAAGUUAACAUCAGUUUCAUUUACUCUAUAACAGAGGAGCUAAGUUGUACUUUAUGAUAGAAAAUUAUUGUUUACUUCUUUGCAAUGAUUUUUCUCUCUCUUUAACAGAAAACAGGAACUUUCAAAGAGAGGACAGUGGACAUGACAGAUAUUAGUAUUACAUUCAGGAAAAUAUGCAACCUGUAAAACUUGUUAUACAAGUGAAGAAAAAUAACAACAAGUGGAAAAAUAAAGAAUAUUGAAGAAAAAAAUAUAUAUUGAAAUUGUUUAGUGAAUAAAUACAAGUAAGGAAGUGAAGUAACAGCAGUCAACAAAAGUGGAGUGAUUGUGUGUGUUGAAGGACAUCCACUCUGGGAGGUCGCGUCCCAAAGGCCAUCCUCUGCUGCCCUCCUGAAGGAUGUGGUGCCUGGCCCUCACUCUCACCCUCUCCAAUGUCCUCACCGUUACCAGCGGUGUUGAGAUAAAGAAAAUUCCGGUGAUGGCAGUGACGGGAGUGUGGGGAGGGUCGGUGUCACUGCCCUGUGAAGUGUCUCAUCCUCCAGACGACUCCAUAUAUCUACUGCUGUGGUUCAGGGACCCUCUCACCACGCCCAUCUACAGGUUAGAUGAACGGUGGCUGGGACGUGGGAAGGAGAGGCACUGGUCAGAUGAACAGAUGCUGGGGUCAAGAGCAGAGCUGGAGGUGUCAACUUCACCGGCGCUGCUCCGUGUGUCCUCUCUCACCCUCAACGACCAGGGCCUCUACACCUGCCGCGUCGAUUUCAAGCUGCAGCCCACCAAAACUACCAGAGUUAACCUUACUGUUGUAGUUCCCCCUGAGAGCGUGAGUGUCGUGAUAGGCGGCAUAAAAGGCGAGAAGCUGUCGGUGACCAGUGUUGCGGGUCCCUACCAGGAAGGCAACAUGUUGGUGCUCACUUGCAUCGCUCACGGCGGUGUCCCGAGGCCAUCAGUGGUGUGGUUCGAGGACACUCACCUUCUUGACAGCCACAUGGAGUCCCAGGAUAGAGUCAAUACGACGGCAGCGCCACCACCUGUAUCCAACACAACAACCAACUCCUCGGGACCCACUAUACAAACUAUAGUAAAUCAAACCUCAACAACACGGAGUUCGGAGUCCUUACAACACUUGACGAGAGAACCUUACAAUACGCUUACGUUAGGACCUCUUACCAGAAAUGACUUGAAAUUAUUGCUGACUUGUGAAGCCUCCAAUAACAACCUGACACUACCCACGUCUGUAGUGGUGAUGGUCGAUAUGAACCUACCGGCAUUAUCGGUAGUGGUACGGACUCCAAAGUUACCGCUGACGGCAGGCCGAGAGUACCAGGUGGUGUGUGAGGUGCGUGGAUCCCGGCCCCCACCCACCAUCACGUGGUAUAACGCUGACAAGAGAAUCGCCGGGGCCAUAGACACGACCUCCGCGGAUGGUAACGUCACCACCAGUACUUUAGUCUUCACGCCGAGGCCAGAAGACCAUGGUUCCUUCCUGAGGUGUGUGGCGGAGACCCGGGCCGUCAACGCUACCAUGGAAGACUUCUGGAACCUCACUGUAUACUACCUGCCUAAUGCGACUGCCAGCUUCGGUUCGUCGCUGGACUCUGGUAACAUCAAGGAAGGUGAUGACGUUUACUUCGAGUGUUCCAUUCAGGCCAAUCCGAAGGUGUCCCACGUCUCCUGGCGGCACAAUAAUGAGAUACUGGUCCCUAACGUGUCAGCUGGCGUGAUCAUCAGUAACCAGAGUUUGGUGCUGCAGGGGGUGGUGAGGGCUCAGGCGGGUCGCUACUCCUGUCAUGCACAUAAUGUGGUCGGCGAUGGCAGCUCUAACACACUCAGGCUCGAUGUUAAAUACGCCCCCGUGUGCUCACCUGGGCAGGUCACAAGCUACGCUGUGAGUCGCGACGAAGACGCCGAGGUCACGUGCUCCGUGCAGGCCAACCCACUGCAGGCAACCUUCCAAUGGACGUUUAAUAACACAGCGGAUACCAUCGACGUCCCAAAAGGGCGUUUCACCUCCUCCAGCAGCCACAGCGUCAUUACGUACACUCCCAUGACCUCCCUGGACUAUGGUACGCUGCUGUGCUGGGCGUCCAACGAGAUCGGUACUCAGAGGGAGCCUUGCGUCUUCCACAUUGUGCCCGCAGGUAAGCCGGACCCGCCAAGUAAUUGUACGAUAGGAAGCAGGACCCGCACCUCCGUCAGGGUGAAGUGUGUGGCGGGGGGCAGCGGCGGCCUCACCCAACAGUUUUUCCUGCAGGCGAGACUCCAAGAUGGCCAACACGUCCUCAACCUCACCUCUUCCUCACCAGCAUUCUUAGUGGAGGGUCUGCAGACAGGACAGAAAUAUGAUUUGGUGAUAUCCUCCUUCAACGAUAAGGGCUUCAGCACCCCCGCCCACGUGACUGUCUUCAGCACGGGCGCCAACGGUUCCAUAUACCAACCCCAUGAUGGACCCUCGGAAGCUGAGGUCCGUGACGGCGGCAAGAACGGGGGAGGCAUAGGCAGCGUCAUCGGCGGCGUAAGCGGUAGUGACGCCAAUAAUAAAUACCUAAGCGUGCUGGCCAUGCCCUCGCUCAUCCCUGCAGCCCUGGGGGUCGGGGCAGGGCUCAUCCUGAUCAUCAUCGUCCUCAUCCUCCUCAUCACUUUCCGCACGCGGCACCCUCGUCACCACUCCCCCCAGCAUGACACCCCCACCCAGGAUACUGAGCCCGAAGACUCCCCACAACACCACAAGUCUCCCGUCAUCACACACCACGCCAGUUGCCUCGAGAGAGAUAUACAGGUGGAGUCUGAGAGCGACGCUGACCCUGACGUGAUCCCCCUGCAGGAGGGGUGCCGCCCCCCCGACCCUGAACCCGCUGCAGCCAUCCUUCUGCCACCCGACCGCUAUAAGUACGCUCCUGUCCCUGCCCUCGUCCCUGCAGCAGCCAGUGCGCAUUACGGUGGUGUGACGACGUCGCCCUCAACAACUUCCUUGAAGUCAGGGGACCAUUCUAGCUUCACUCUGCCUUAUGACUCCGACAAAUACGGCGGUGAACGAUUACAUUCAAACAUUCAAGUUCACUGCUCAUCAACUCUACCACGGCACACAUCUCGUCCUCCUAAGGAAAAAUGUCAUUCUUCUACGAUCAAUCCCCAUCAAUUCCCUUUUCCAGGAAUUGAAGGCAGCCUUCCUCCGCCUCCUGUAGAGUACCAGAACUCUAGAAGGAAGCGAACAUCGUUAGGUAGCGGGUGUAGCCAGUCUGGGUGUGAGGAGGACACGCCCAGCACGCCGCUGUUGGGCAAGAGGGAGAGUUCAGUAUGAUGUCAACAGCACACAAGUUUUGAUAUAUAAAAACUGUCUUGUACUGGACGUAGACGUAAUUUUUGUCCUCAGAGAUGUUAUAUAAUACUUUUGUAUAAUUUGUACUAAAGUGUUCGUGUCAAGAGAGUGGGUAACACUUGGGUGGUGAAGAGACAAUCAUUUUGUAUGUACAAAACUCUUGGCGAGUUAAAGUGGUAUGUCUUGCGGGUUUUGGUAAAAAAUAAAGUUUGACAAUUA